AAGAUGCUUAUAAGACCCAGGUCAGGAUUGACAAUGAGCCAGCGUAUUUGGACAUUUUGGACACUGCUGGCCAGGCAGAAUUCACAGCCAUGAGGGAGCAGUACAUGCGAGGUGGGGAAGGCUUCAUCAUCUGCUAUUCGGUCACCGACCGCCAAUCAUUUCAGGAGGCUGCCAAGUUUAAAGAGCUAAUUUUUCAGGUCCGUCACACCUAUGAAAUUCCCCUGGUGUUGGUGGGUAACAAAAUUGACCUGGAACAAUUCCGCCAGAGGCUCAAUGUAAAUGCUAUUGUUUUAUCUGGAAACAGUAUUUGUUUUGAUGUUCAUGAUGCCGAUAUGCUUAGUAUUCACAAGACUCUGUUCCAUAUGCUAAAAAAAGAGAACCAGUGGGCUAGGAUUAAAAAAAAAAAAGGAAAGGACAUGAAGAUUAUUGUUAUAUUUUGA